UUCAUGUCUCCCCUUGCGGUGUUCCUGUCUGCAGUGGAGAUGGAGAAGGUGUUUGUCAAUAUUUCGGAACUGGUUAACGUGCACAAAAGUCUUCUGGUGGAGAUCCAGGACUCAGUGCAACACAAAAGUGCCCAGAACCUUUACCAAGUCUUCGUCACCUACAAAGAGAGGUUGUUGAUCUAUGGACAGUACUGUAGCCAUGUGGAGACGGCCAUCGCUGCCCUGGACAGCAUCUGCAAGGACAAGGAGGAUGUCCGCAUGAAGCUGGAGGUGAUUUGGGGUCAUUGAUAAUGUAACAACAGUGCUAUCAUGUUUAUUUAAAACACUGCAUCUGUGAUUGGACGAUCCUGUUAUAAAAUUCUUACCACUGGGGAGCUAUUAUUUCAUUGCAUAUUUAUUGCACCAACCAUUCCAUUGGAAAACAUUCAUUUGUUGCACUAAAAUCAAAUGCUUAAAAGGGUUUUCCAUUUGAUCCAAAAAUCUAGUGCCUUUGGGUACUAAU